AAUCCCGUUCAUUCCCUUCCCCCCCUUCCCUUGACGCUUCGGUACUCUUCUACCCCGGGGUGGUUUUUACUGCCCGCCCUAACUCCAAGAAGUUCGGGAAAGCCAGAACUAAAAAAAAAAGAAAAGAAAAUAAGAAAAUGAAAAACAGGGGGUUAGGAACAGGUUGGUCCAAUGAAAAUCUACCAUCAACCGCCAAAGCGAGAAACGAGAAAAAGUUUUCGGCAUAUUCAAAGAUCAACCGAACUCAGGUGCUUCUUUUCUUAAAGAAGUUUGGCGAGGUAUCAUGAUAAACGUCGACAGCAUGACUUUGGUGUUUUGAAGAAAAAAAAAACAAAAGUUCUUCUUUUUUCCCUUCUUCUUGAUUGCAUCGUUGUGCAGUGUCUGUUACCAGCAAGGCAGCCGACUCUUUCGAAUCUAAAGCAUUUGUUGACAUUUCGUGUCAAUGUAUCUGGAUUCAGUCAAGAUUUGGAUGUAAGUGAAACUUCAUCAGUGGUUGUGUUAUCCGGAGUUGACAAAACUUACCGUUAACGACUGUGGGAGGUAAGUUAUGGCAGAUUUUGUGAAAGAUGUCAAUGAUGAUGGGAUGAUCAGAACGAAUAGUUAUUUCUUGUGCUGCCUAUUAUAUCAACCAAAAUAGAAUGAAUUUUGAAAUUUGUAUGUUCCAAGUACCAUGUCUUAUUCGCCUCACCGGGUACAGCAGAUCGAAAAGAUUCGACGAUAUGUGGUACACUGCUCGACAAUAGACAAACGAAGGUUGUUACUUUAUUUAUCGAUAAAGACUUUAAAAAACUGUUAAGUUUUUCUUUACCACUAAGCUCAAUGAACUAAGUUAUUGCUCACUGUCACUUGUUUAAUUUGUCACAAAUCAGAAAAAAAACUCUGCCAUUUUUUAAAAAAAUAAUCUUUUUUUUACUUAAUGUGUUGUUAUCUGUUAAAUCGCAUACCAUAUUAAUACAAGCCAAAACGGAAGGUGCCAUAUGUUUGUUUGAUGUUGUGUUUUAUGAGAAAAACAUAUUUGUGAUUUGAAGAGUAGACAAAUAGACUGAAGGAUAACUCAUUUGACAUUUCAUUCAAAUAAAAAUGCUAGGAUGAAAAUUGUUUGAAGAUACAUAGUGCCAUUUAUUUUAUAUUUUGUGAACUGGUGUUUGUGUUUUGUGUUUAUUUCGUUCCAAAAAAAAAAGUGGUCAGUAUUAAAUUCCUUUUGUGUUGCACUUACCUGCCUGUUGACAUGCAGGUAAGGUAGUGAAAGAAUCCUUAAUUUUGUCACUAGGCUAUGGCGACCCUAGGACUGUCGAAAGUCUUCAUUUUGGACAAAUAUUUCACGGAGCUUCAAAAAUUUUGGGAAACUGAACGAAAACUACAUGAUGCAGCAUCUUCAAAUGAAGCAGACCACCUGCAGCAGAGAUUGCGCAGUCUAAGUUCAGAACUGGUAACGCUCAGGAACCGUUUGCAUGUAACUGGGGGAGGCGCUCCACCGAGCGCCCCCCUCAGUGGACACUCUCUUGCAGCCUAUCAGCAAGUGGGGAAAGUGGUAGCGGCAAAACAUAUUCUUCAAUGUUGCUGCUACGGCAACUGUUUGAUGUUGCCGGUGGUGGGCCGGAGACGGAUGCCUUCAAGCAUCUGGCUGCAGCCUUUACAGUGCUCAGGUCACUGGGCAGUGCCAAAACUGCCAACAACUCUGAAUCUAGUCGAAUCGGUCACUUUAUCGAAGUGCAAGUAACAGAUGGAGCUCUGUAUCGAACCAAAAUACACUGCUACUUCUUGGAUCAGACACGGGUCAUACGUUUGCUUCCUAAUGAGAAGAACUACCACAUAUUUUACCAAAUGUUGGCUGGUCUCACUCAAGAAGAACGCGCACAACUAAGUCUUGCUGGUUAUUCCUUACAUAAUCUUUGUUACCUAAAUCAAGGGGAUAUAACACAGAAUGAAAGUGAAGAUGCAUCCAGAUUCGAGGCCUGGAAGUCCUGCCUCUCAGUCUUGGGUAUCCCGUCCAUGGAUGUUGUACGAGUACUGGCUGCUAUACUGCUGUUAGGAAACAUACAAUUUGUGGAUGGAACGGGAAUGGAAGUCGAUGUCAAAGGUGGAAAUGCUGAACUAAAGGCUGUUGCAACUCUUCUUGGAGUAUCUAGUGUGGCACUUUUCAGGGGCUUAACGACACGAACUCACAAUGUUCGAGGACAACUAGUGAAGUCUCUUUGUGAUGCCAAACUUGCCACCUCCACUCGGGACGCCUUGUCCAAAGCUCUGUACUGCCGAACUGUUGCAACAAUAGUCAGAAGAGCUAACAGUUUGAAAAGACUUGGAUCCACAUCCGGGACAUUGAGUUCAGACAGCAAUGAAUCUGUCCAUAACCAAACAGAAAACAGCAGUCAGCAUGCAUCAACGCUAGGAUCUGGUGGUGUGAAAGCCUCUAAGUCAAUGACAGUGCUCAAUUCAGCUGUGAGGCAUGCAACGGAUGGUUUCAUCGGUAUACUCGACAUGUUUGGAUUUGAAGCCAGCAAACCAAGUCACUUAGAGCACUUGUGCAUCAAUUUGUGCGCUGAGACUCUGCAGCAUUUCUACAACACCCACGUGUUCAAAAGUAGCAUAGAGUCUUGUCGAGAGGAAGGGGUGCAGAGUGAUCUGCAGGUAGACUACGUUGAUAACGUUCCAUGCAUAGACCUCAUUUCAUCACUGAGGACAGGACUACUGAGUAUGUUAGAUGUUGAAUGCUCAGUGCGAGGUUCACCUGACAGUUAUUUGAAGAAAGUGUUAGCCCAACAUCAUAAUAGUCCAAGAUUCUAUGAACAGAAGUCUAGUACAGAUGCCAGAAUAUUUGGUAUCAGGCAUUUCGCUGGUCGUGUGCCAUAUGACACGUCGCAUUUCUUGGAGACCAACCGUGAUGUUGUUCCUGACGAUACUGUCUGUGUCUUCCACAAGUCAACCUGCAAUUUCGGUUUCGCCACGCACCUCUUUGGAAGUGAACUUAAAGCAUUAUACUCACAAGAAACGGUUCCUAGAGGAGUUUCAUUUCGAAUAUCUCCUACAGCCCAUACAGAUCUGCAAAAUGGUGAUGAACCAGUUUCAACACUUACUCAGGAUUUCCACAGCAGAUUGGAUAAUUUACUCAGAACACUGGUGCACGCAAAACCACAUUUUAUAAGGUGUAUAAAGGCGAACAACAAUGAGCAACCCAAUCAUUUUGAUAGAGGAGCUGUUGUACAACAAAUUAGGGCAUUACAAGUUCUAGAAACAGUCAAUCUGAUGGCUGGAGGUUUUCCUCAUCGAAUGAGGUUUAAGGCUUUUAACAUAAGGUAUCGUUUGAUCGCACCUUUUAAGAAACUAAAACGAACCGAUGACAAAGCCAUUGAGGAUUGCAAACUCAUAUUAGAAUGUUUCAUGGCUGUUACUGAAAACUGUAGAGUAUCAAAUGCCUCAACAGCUUGGGCUAUGGGAAAAAGACACAUAUUUUUAAGUGAAGGAGCAAGACAGCAGCUGGAACUGCUGAGGGUGGAGAGGAGGCACAAUGCAGCUGUUCUCGUCCAGGCCAUGUGGAGAGGAUGGAACUUUAGAAGGAAAAGAUGGCCUACGCUCAAGAGAAAUCUGCACAUGCAAGCGAGAACACGCGUCAACAGGCCACGACCACAGCCAAUAGCUGGUACUCCUCCACCAGACUUGGAACGAUGUGACCAAAAGACGAUUCAGCAGACGUGUUCACUGUUUGGUUUGGAUUUGGAGAGACCACCUCCAGUUCCACCAAGUCGUUCGUAUACUGUGACAGGCAAUACAAAAAUUGCUUAUCCUCAGGCAAGGGUCAUGAAAAUGAAUUAUCCAGAAGAUAACAGUUCAGAGGUGACACUUCUAAAAGGCGAAACCGUCAUGGUUGUGAGAGCAUCUGCAAGACGGGGCCACCUUGUGGUUGAACAUAAAAACCACACUAUUCAUGUUCCCUAUCAAUUUCUGGAGCUCAAACCUUCGGAGGGAGUCAACAUAUAAACUUCCUCCAAUUACUACUUCAUCAACAUGUUCUUCACUAUCUCCUACACCUAGAAUGUCUCAAUGGAUAAUAAUAACUCGUUGCAACAGAGAGAGCAUUUUUUUCCCCUGGUAGUUUUCAAUAUUACUUAACAUUGCGCCAUGCGCAUAACAUUUUUAAAAAAAAUGCCUCGAAUUCUCCACCUCUCAGGAAAUUGAAUUAAAAAAGUAUUUGAAAACUCUAGGCUGUGAACAGGCACUUAUUUCCAGUUUGUGACCCUCUUACCAUUUGCAAAGCAAAAUCACUCUCAAAUUUCCGAAGUUCUAAAAUCCACUCAAACCGCAUUAGCACGUUGAAUACCAUGGGGGGUGACCGGCACUGAGUUUGUUUAUAGCACCACGGGAGUGACCGAUGAAGCCAAGAUUAUAACAAACACAUAAUUCGAGUAAAUUUUUAAUUUUUUUUAUAUUAUUAUUGUUGUUAAAAUAGUUUGAAGAAAUUAUAGAUCACACAAAAAUAGAUUUAUUUAUAUACACAGAGAUGCCAACUUGCUUCGGACAGCGAAUAAAAUAUUUUCAAGUGGUAGUUUAUUAAUUGUGAUUCUUGGUUUAAUAAAUUCAAUUUAGUAGAUUUUUAUCCACCACUAUUUCUAAACAAUUCGUAGACUUAUAUAAUUCACCACUUCUUCCAGAUAUCUCAUGCUAAACCUUUUUAAAUAAGUAGCAAAAUCUGUCUAAUAUUUGCAAAUUUAAUUUGUAAUUAUUUACCAUUUGGCUAUACGGGCAAGCCAUGUAAAAUUAGCGGGGCAUUCAACGUGUUAACCAUCUGGAUAGAGGGUAAUUCUCCAAGACUCCUGUCCUUCAGGAGCGUUUCUCUUGGUUAUCCGAGGACUGAGAGUGAUUAAUGCAGCCCAGAACGCGUGGCAAAUAGUAUUUGAAUCUCAAAACCUCAAAAGAGGUGAAAUUCAUAUUUAUUAUUGCUGUUCAGUUUCACUUUCGAAUCAACUGAAAACGUUUAAUUUAAGGUAUAGUGCUAUUUAGUAGGUGGAAAGUAUUGAGAUUUGCAAUUCAAUUUUUCUCCAUAAAAAAUUAUCUUUUGAGCAAAUUUGAAAUUUCGCUAAACAACGUGCGUUAAAAAUUUAUUUGGAAAACAAUGUGUGUUAUCAAUACAACGGAUAAGAGUUGGCAGAUUUAUGUCCCCUCAGACUGCAGAAAACCUUACAUUUCAAUUUAUUUUCUGAGUAUUUUAAUCAGAUAUUAGAUUACAACAUAGGGGUUGUUGGUGCUUACUAAUCUUAAUUUAUAGUUAAUAUUUAUUUUUAAUGUUUAUUUUAAACUUAAUGCUUGUCUGGGAAAUGAGCUAGGUCAUAAGGUCAUAGAGCAUCUCUAUGGAUGCUUACUUUAUUAUGGCGACCCACUUUUUUUCUCCCCCAGUUUCGAAAUGCAUUUCAUUUAUUGCCCUUGAACUAAAUGUAAAUAAAUAAAUAAGUUUAGUUUUUGCUACCACCGUUCAAAUGCGUCAGUCAAUUAUGUUUUGUUUUCCUUUGUAAAGUUUCCACAAAAAAAAAAAUAUUUUGUUUUGAUGCUUUUAUUUGAUCCCUGACUGUCCGAGAUUACUUCAAAAAAUUUAUUUAAUCAGCUUCAUGGUCAGUUGAACUCAUCGAGCUCAAGUAAACAAUCAUUCACGAUUGGCGAUGUUUUUUUCUGACCACUGGAGGUAAAUAAUUACAAAAAAUUUCGUUGAGACAUACUAGGUGUGGGCAAUAGAAACACGUCAUACAAUCUCAGGGUUUCAUCAUCAUAUCUUAGAGUGUCUGGUUACACACGUGUUUCGUAAAACAAUUCUAUGUGCAUCAAAUGGGUGUUGUUUGGUGAUGCGUCCAUGUAUAAACACUUCGUUACAAGUACAAAUGAAUGUGUGGAAGAAGACAAUGACUAGAGCAACUGACGAUUCCAAAACAUCAGUCUCAAAAUUAUGAACAAACAAAUUCCUAUUUUUAGUUCUCAGGAAAUAUAUUUGUAUUAUUAAUAUUGUAAAAUUUGAAAAAGUGGACAUUGAUAGUAUGGGGCUAUUUAAAUAUUGCUCAAGUAUUGCAGAUUCUGGUUUCCUUUAUGAG